AAUGGGAAACGGAGUCUGAAGUCACACCAAGCAGCACGGAUGUUCUUGUUUAGUUCUGCAGGCGCACUCGUUUUUAAGAAGCGCCUCAAUGCUUUAAAGUUUUUAUGCGUGGCAGUUAAUCUUUAAAAAUGUUAAAUCUACAGGUAAUCAUAUUAAUUACUGGAAACAUAAUAAUAUUCUGUUUACAUUUUUAAAGACUUUCAAUGAAAUGGACCGGAGAACCGCGAGAGAACGAUGGAUGUGUAGAAGAUUAGUCAUCUGUCUGGUUAUGUGCGCGACAGCGCUGGAUGUUGUUUUAGCGCAAAUUCGAUACUCCAUAUAUGAAGAGUUGGAACACGGAGCUUUUGUUGGCAACAUCGCCGAGGAUUUAGGAUUAGACGUUGCCAAACUGUCUACUCGCAGAUUCAGAAUAGUAUCAGGCGCAAAAAAGCAGUAUUUAGAAGUCAAUUUGGAAAAUGGCAUUUUAUUUGUAAAUGAAAAAAUUGAUCGUGAAGAAUUGUGCGAACUGAGCGCGUCUUGUUUUUUACACUUGCAAGUCGUCAUCGAAAGCCCUUUAGAAUUGCACCGAGUAGAAGUUGAAAUUCUGGACGUCAAUGAUAAUGCACCUAGUUUUCCGUGGAGUGAGUUUAACCUGGAGAUAACAGAGUCGGCGGCACCCGGAUCUCGCUUCCCUUUGGAAAGCGCGCAGGACCAGGAUGUGGGCACCAACUCGCUCCGAACAUAUUUUCUGAGCGCGAACGAACACUUUGCCUUGGAUAUUCAUACACGAAACGACGGGAGCAAGUUCGCGGAGCUGGUUCUUGGGACCCCGCUGGAUCGGGAACAACUGAAAAUGCACCAAAUGGUGCUGACGGCCGCGGACGGAGGCGCUCCGGAGAGAUCGGGAACUGCGCAAAUCACUGUUACGGUACUAGAUGCCAACGACAACGUGCCUGUUUUCGAUCAGGCUUUUUAUAGAGGGAGGUUAGUGGAAAAUUCACCUCGAGGCACUUUCGUGAUCAAACUUAACGCUACUGAUCUGGACGAAGGACUAAAUGGAGAAAUAUCUUAUUCUUUCAGCGGGCACGCGCCGCUGAAAGUGCGUGAGCUGUUCAGUGUAGACUCCUAUACUGGCGAAAUCAGAGUCAAAGGGAUAGUAGAUUAUGAGAAAGCAAGAGUGUAUGAACUCUAUGUGCAAGCCAAGGACAAGGGACCUUCUGCGGUCGCCGUGCAUUGUAAAGUAUUGGUGGAUAUUCUCGAUGUGAAUGACAAUGCACCAGAAGUUAUUCUAACCUCUGUGUCUACACCUGUUCAAGAGGACGCGCCUCCCGGUACAGUGAUUGCUGUCAUUAGCGUAAUGGACCGGGACUCGGGUGAAAAUGGAAAUGUAGAUUGCCAGAUCCCCAAUAAUAUUCCAUUUAAACUCCACUCCUCAUUUAAGAAUUAUUACACUUUGGUCACAAGUGAAUUUUUGGACAGAGAGACAGUGUCUGAAUACAAUAUUACCCUCACCGCGAGCGACAUGGGAGUAUCACCUCUGCUAACCAGGAAAAAUAUUAUAGUGCAAGUGUCAGACAUUAACGACAAUGCUCCACGAUUCCUACAGCCAUCCUAUACGGUUUAUGUGACUGAGAAUAACGCCCCGGGCGCAUCCAUUUGUUCGGUUACUGCUUUCGAUCCUGACUCCAAUCAGAAUGCCUUUCUAUCAUACUCUAUUCUAGACGGUGAGAUUCAAGGCAUGCCCGUGUCUACCUACGUCUCCAUCAACUCAGACAAUGGCAAUAUCUAUGCGCUACGCUCCUUUGACUACGAGCAACUACGAAACUUUAAAAUCGGAGUGCAAGCCCAAGACGCUGGCUUCCCGCCUCUGUGCAACAACGUGACGGUCAACGUCUUUGUUUUGGAUCAAAAUGACAACGCGCCGGUAAUCGUUUCUCCUUUGCCAAAAAACGGCACCGUAGCCACAGAGAUGGUGCCACGGUCCGUGGACGCUGGCUACCUCGUGGCAAAAAUUACUGCGAUAGAUGCAGACGCGGGGCAAAACUCGCGUCUCUCCUACCAGGUUCUUCAGUCAACUGAUCCAGGGCUAUUUAGCGUUGCCCUUUAUACCGGCGAAAUAAGGACAAUCCGCCGAUUCGUGGAUAAAGACGCCACGAGGCAACGACUAGUCAUUUUGGUCAAGGACAACGGUCAGCCGCCCCUCUCGGCCACUGUUUCCAUCAUUCUAUCAGUUGUUGACAGCGUGCCAGAAUCGUUGUCCGACUUCAGCGACCUCUCUACCAACCCCAAGUCCACCAACAACCUUACUUUGUAUCUCAUUGUGUCUUUAAGCACGAUUUCCUUUAUAUUUCUUGUGGCUAUAAUUGUCCUGGCUGUCCUAAAGUGCUAUAAGGACGGAGGUUCUUUUCGGGAAUUCGGUGUUUCCUCCGGUGCGUGCUGUGGAUUGCAGUCCGAACCUCCUUCGGACGUGUACAAAAAAUCAAACAUAAACGUGCAGAUAUCGGGAAACAAAGUCCCCGCUAACUGCGCAGAAAUAAACGGCAACGGAACCCUGUCUCAAGCUUACUGCUACAAAGUAUGUCUGUCCCCUGAAUCUUCUAAGAGUGACUUCAUGUUCCUAAAGCCGUGCAGCCCGACGACUCCGCGGAACAACAAGGGGGCAGAUAGGCUGGCGUCUGCCUGGGGCGCUCAGAACCGCAGCGUCACAGCAAACGAGACCAAUAACCCCAACGAGCGAAAGACGCAAAACACGGACUGGCCCUUGCCCAAGAACCAGUACUCUACUCUUAAAAGUUACAGCUCCAUUAACAUGGAGGGCACGCUGACGCGGAAGACUUCGCCCCGGCAUCCGGACAGCUGCGUCGCUCCGCUGGCGGGCCAAUAUUGGACCUGGGGGACUCACAUGCGAGCAGAUUACAGGAUAUCACCUCCAGCUAGUGGACUCCCGAACCGGGCUUGGACUCCGAUGUACGUGGUACCGCAGCCCGUAGGUCCGCCUCCCGAUUAUCAGCACAACGUCUACAUCCCUGGCACACCAGCCAGUCACUGCACCCUGAAGCCCGCAUAUAGCAGUGACUUCGACGUCAACAAUUCAUUUUCAACAUUUGGAAAGAAAAGGAAGUUCAUAACACAUUACGAUCCUAAUGAAGACGUGGUGAUAAACAACGACAUUUUCAACAAGUAAAUCACCUGUGAAACACCGCAUGUACUCGUCAAAAUCCGAUGCUCACGUGCUACAGUAAAUGGUAUAUGAGGCUAGUUUUACAGUGUAAGACAUACUAAGGCAUUUGCAUUGCCAUCAUCAAUAAUAACAACAAUAAUAAUAAUGAUAAUAAUAAUAAUGGACACUUGCCUCGCACCUGUGGGACCUGGGUUCGAGUCUCCGCCUGGGUCACAUGUGUGUGGAGUUUGCUUGUUCUC